AUGAGAGUUCAGAACGCUGACAUUUGUAUCCAUCGUAGAUUGAAACUGACUUUUCUUGAACGAUUACGAACCCUAACAUGCCGUCGGGACCGGAACGCCGCCUCAUUCGUCUGCCAUUCAUGGUACCGGGCAGAGGCGCUCACCCGAUCUGAUCUCUUCAUCGGAAAUUGCUACGCCAUUUCGCCACACCGCGCCACCUCCCGCUUCCGCCGUGUCCGGUUCCUCACUGUGAAGGGCAAGCCUUGCUUCGCGGACUUCGAUCUGUUGCCGCUUAACUGGGUUGCCCACUUCUCUCCCUGGGGCUCUGCACUUGCCGAUGCCUACCCUUGGCUCGAGAAGCUUCACCUGAAGCGUGUGUCUCUCACUGAUGAUAACCUCAACCUUAUCGCUCGCUCCUUCCCUUCCUUGAAGGAACUCGUUCUCGUGUGCCGUGAAGGUUUUGGGAUCGCGGGAAUUGGCGCUAUUGCUGCCAGCUGCAGGUUGAUGAGAGUGCUUGACCUUGUGGAGUCUGUGGUUGAGGAUGCUGAUGAAGACGAGGAGGUGAUGGAUUGGAUAUCAUGUUUUUCGGAUCGUGAGACUCAUCUGGAGUCUCUUGUGUUUGAGUGCGUUGAGUGCCGGGUCAAUUUUGAGGCCUUGGAAAGGUUAGUGGCUAGAUCACCUUACCUGAAGAAGCUUAGGCUGAAUCAUUAUGUUUUCAUUCCUCAGUUGUACCGCCUGAUGCAUCGAGCUCCACAGCUCACCCAUCUUGGGACAGGUUCAUUUUGUGCAUCAAAUGAUGUGGCUGUUGGUGAUCAGGAACUGGAUUACUCAUCUGCCUUUGCAGCUUGCAAAUCCCUAGUUUGUUUGUCUGGGUUCCGGGAUAUUUUGCCGGAUUAA